AUGGAGAAAGCGGAAGGGGAAAAUCAAACGUCUAUCACAGAAUUCAUCCUGCUGGGAUUCGGGAAUCUCCCUGGACUGCAAAUUCUGUUCUUCUUGCUGUUUCUAGGGAUCUACAUAGUCACCAUGGCUGCAAACAUGCUCAUUGUAGCGCUAGUUGUGGUUGAUCAGAACCUUCACACCCCCAUGUACUUCUUCCUGGGGAAUUUGUCCUGCUUGGAGAUCUGCUACACCUCCACCAUCCUGCCCAGGAUGCUGGCCACUUUCCUGACUGGGGACAGAACCAUUUCUGUUUCAGGCUGCAUGGUUCAGUUUUAUUGGUUUGGUUUCCUAGCAACUGCUGAAUGUUAUAUGUUAGCUGUUAUGUCUUAUGAUCGGUACUUAGCGAUAUGUAAACCCCUGCGCUAUGCAACACUUAUGAAUGGCAGGUUCUGUAUGCAGCUAGCAGCUGGAUCUUGGUUAAGUUCACUCAUCGUUCUAUCCAUAUUAAUAUCUUUUAUGUCACAAUUAGCCUUCUGUGGCCCUAAUGAAAUUGAUCAUUUCUUUUGUGAUCUCACCCCAGUUACUAAUCUCUCCUGCAGUGACACUUGUCUGGUUACCCUGGCGACCCUCAUCUUCUCUUCCAUAAACAUCGUUCUUCCAUUUCUUUUGACCCUGACAUCUUAUGCUUAUAUCAUCUCCACUAUCCUGAGAAUCCCUUCCACCACUGGGAAGCAAAAGGCCUUUUCCACCUGCUCCUCCCAUCUUAUCGUGGUUACAGUUUUCUAUGGGACCCUAAUAACUGUCUACGUGUUACCAAACACCGGGGCCCUGAGAGCCCCAAAUAAAGUGUUUUCAUUCUUCUACACAGUCUUGACACCCCUGAUCAAUCCCCUCAUAUACAGUCUGAGAAACAAAGAGGUCAAGGAGGCCAUGAGGAGAGCUCUGCAGAAAUUCCAAUUCCCACUGAAAUCAAGGGAAAGGUUCCCAUUGACCUUCAAGGGCUCUGCAUCAGGCUACUCUUCUUGUGUGCAUCACAACCUUUCCCACAACAAAACAAAUGAACUAAAAAGUUACCAGCUGGUGUGA